AUGCGCGGAUCGCCAUGUUCAUACGCGAGUAGUAAUAGCGAGCAGCAGCAGAGGUUGCGGAAUCAAGUCAGCUAGCUUCGUGCACGGGAUCCCAUGUCCACAGUAAUACUUUUAGUUUUUUUUUUAAAAACCCACAGUAUUCACUGAAACUGAGCAACUGACGCAGAGCCGUUGAUACAGAGGAAAACCCUAACCGCGUCGGAGCAAGUUUUCUAAGUCGCCACCCCUGAGUGUGUGUGUGUCCGGAGCCACUGACCACCUUAUGUCAUCACUGUUGUGUUGGAGGAGCCCAUCUGCAGCAGUGGGCGGAGCCAGGGAGUGACAUCAUCACUUUCACACCAGGAGUCUAUGGGAGGGCGGUCUCAGACGGAGGGAGAGAGCUGGGAAAGAGAGAGCGAAGGACUGUGAGGGAGGAGUCCCUCGAGAAGAAGAGGGGUCUCGGAGGAGAAAGCCUCAGGGAUGAACGUCCUGACCCAGCAGAACACUUAUAACCCAGCAUAACAGCUCCUCUAACCCAGCAGAACACUUCUAACCCAGCAGAACAGUACCCUGACCUAGCAGAACAGUGCCUCUAACCCAGCAGAACAACCCUUAACCCAGCAGAACAGCCUCUCUAACCCAGCAGGACAGUGCUUUUAACCCACCAGAACAGCCUCUUUCACCCAGCGGAACAGCGCCCGCCCCUCCUCCCCCCCUCACUCCCUGGUGCCCCCUCCCAUUGCCAUGUCGACCGCCAACACGCCCACAAGCAACGACGCCUGCCUGAGCAUCGUGCACAGCCUGAUGUGCCACCGGCAGGGCGGGGAGAGCGAGACCUUCGCCAAGCGCGCCAUCGAGAGCCUGGUGAAGAAGCUGAAGGAGAAGAAGGACGAGCUGGACUCCCUCAUCACCGCCAUCACCACCAACGGGGCGCACCCCAGCAAGUGCGUCACCAUCCAGCGCACCCUGGACGGCCGGCUGCAGGUGGCCGGGCGGAAGGGCUUCCCCCACGUGAUCUACGCGCGGCUGUGGCGGUGGCCCGACCUGCACAAGAACGAGCUGAAGCACGUCAAGUACUGCCAGUUCGCCUUCGACCUGAAGUGCGACAGCGUGUGCGUGAACCCCUACCACUACGAGAGGGUGGUGUCCCCUGGGAUUGAUUUGUCUGGACUGACACUGACCAGCUCUGCCGCCGGACUGAUGGUGAAGGACGAGUACGAUGACCCAUCUGCCACGCCCAGCAUGGAGGCCCACUCUGUGCAGACCAUCCAGCACCCCCCCGGCAGCUGGGCCUCGCCCUCGGAGAGCUUCGGCGGCUCCGCCCUGCUGGCCCCCGCCGACGCCAGUGGGUCCGCCCCCUCCUCCGCCUUCCCCAGCGUCGCCGCCGCGUCUGCAACCCAGUCCAGCCUGCUGUCUGGGACGCACGGCGAGGGGCUGCUGCAAAUGGCCUCUGGGACGGGACAGGGCGCGCAGCAGAACGCCUUCCCCCCCGCCCCGCCCGCCACGUACCACCACAACGCCACCUCCGCCUGGCCCAGGAACAGCAGCUUCCCGCCCAGCAUGCCGCACCACCAGAACGGGCACCUGCAGCACCACCCGCCCAUGCCCCACCCGCACUACUGGUCGGUGCACAGCGAAAUGGCGUUCCAGACCCCCAUCUCCAACCACCCCGCUCCAGAUUACUGGUGCUCCAUUGCCUACUUUGAGAUGGACGUGCAGGUGGGGGAGACGUUCAAGGUGCCCUCCACCUGUCCCGUGGUGACGGUGGACGGGUACGUGGACCCCUCCGGGGGCGACCGCUUCUGCCUGGGCCAGCUGAGCAACGUGCACCGGACAGAGGCCAUCGAGAGGGCCAGGUUGCACAUCGGAAAGGGGGUACAGCUGGAGUGCAAGGGCGAAGGGGACGUUUGGGUGCGUUGCCUUAGCGACCACGCCGUCUUCGUGCAGAGCUACUACCUGGACCGGGAGGCGGGGCGAGCCCCCGGAGACGCCGUGCACAAGAUCUACCCCAGCGCCUACAUCAAGGUGUUCGACCUGCGCCAGUGCCACCGGCAGAUGCAGCAGCAGGCGGCCACCGCGCAGGCAGCCGCCGCCGCUCAGGCCGCCGCGGUCGCCGGGAACAUCCCGGGCCCCGGGUCCGUCGGAGGCAUCGCCCCCGCCAUCAGCCUCUCGGCGGCGGCGGGCAUCGGCGUGGACGACCUGCGCAGACUCUGCAUCCUGCGCAUGAGCUUUGUGAAGGGCUGGGGCCCCGACUACCCGCGGCAGAGCAUCAAGGAGACGCCCUGCUGGAUCGAGAUCCACCUGCACCGCGCCCUGCAGCUGCUGGACGAGGUGCUGCACACCAUGCCCAUCGCCGACCCCCAGCCGCUGGACUGAGCCUGCGGGGGGGGCGGGGGGGCGAGGGGCUGCACACCAUGCCCAUCGCCGACCCCCAGCCGCUGGACUGAGCCUGCGGGGGGGGCGGGGGGGUGAGGCGUGGGGGCGGAGACAGGGGCGGGGCCUCCCCAGCCCCACACACACUGUGAUGCUCCGGCUGAAACCACAGCAGGACAACAAAAAAAAAAGGGGGAGGAGCCCCGUCUCCGUUACCAUGCCAAUUAAAGGCGGACUUUUGUUGGGGAAGGGGGGAGAGUGAGGG